AUGGUCAUUCAAGUCUAUCGAUAUAUUGUCUCUGCAAAAACAAAUCCUUCUCUCAAUGCAGUUGGAUGGAGAUGUCGAUUACAACUCGAAGAAAAAGAUCUCGGCUAUGAAAAUGUGCUCAUCAUUGAUGAAGCCUCUUCACGAAAUACAUUUGUCAAUUCUGAUCACUUCAAUCAACACAUUAUGGAACCCACAAUUAAUCCAAAAAAAGAAUUACCUGUUUUGGAAGAUGGAGGAGCCAUCAUUAUUGAAGAAGGAGCUAUUAUGCAAUAUCUGGAAAGUAACUAUUCCGAUUCAUCAAGUACUUUAUUACCAGAUUUUGAGAAUGAUCGUAACAAGUAUGCCGAAGUCAUGUCUCUCUAUCAUGAAGCAUUGAAUGCUUACAAUUUCUCUAAAGAUAUUCUUGACGCUCUGAUUAAAGAUGAUUCAGUCAUGAUAAAAUCAAAAGAGUUCAAAGUUCGUGUGCAAUAUUGGAAGAAAAAGAUGAGAGACGAAUUGAAACAUUGGAAUGAGUAUUUGAGUCAAAAAGAAUAUUUAUGGCCUCUUAUCAAUGGAAAGAGAUUGAGUUUGGCAGAUUGUGCCUUUUAUCCAUUGUUAGCAAUUUUAAUUCGAUUUGGAUUUGAUUUGAAGGGAUUUGAUAAUUUGCAAAAUUAUUUUCAACGUGUGACAAAGAGAGAGAGUGUCAACAAGACAAGACCAUCCAAAUGGGAUAGUGAAUUGAUUGAACCAUGGUUGUCUGUCUUGUAA